CCCGCCCCUCUCCAUAGCUGUCUUCGCUCUCGCCGCCCCACAGCGACAGAGGCGGUGGUCCAGCUCGUUCCAAUGGCCGUGAGCUUGGCCAGCAGGACGCAGCGCAUCAGGGACUGGGCCAGCAGCAUGUCCAGCAGCACGGAAUUCACUCUUCAUCCGUGGUCUGCCGUUGGAUCUCACCAUGCUGGGCUUGAGGCGCUUCAUCAGCGAGAUGGGAUUUGGCGAGGCCUACGACUACCUGUACCUGCCUCGCUGUCUGAGGACGCACCAGAGCAAAGGGUAUGCAUUUAUCAACCUUUUCAGCCGAGAGGUCGCCCAGAGGUUCAUCGCGAGGAUGCUCACAGUGCGGAAGGAAGCCUGGGGUACGCUGAGGUUUUCACCCGCCGAGACGCAAGGGCUGGCGAACAACGUCGUCAUGUGGCACCGAGGGCACUCGCGCCACGUGCGGGAUCCUGAAGUGCUGCCCUUCGUCCGGCCGCUGCACCGCCUGGGCCUGACCGUCAGGCCGCUGCACGACCUGGGCCUGACCGGCUCUGACCAGCUGCUGCAGCUGAACGUGCCCGCACAUGACGAGACGCGCUCGACGUCCAUCGUGGGCGCUGAGGCGGCCCACAGAUACGUCAGGCCGCAGCAUGCUCCGCACGCCCGCAGCGCCGAGGAGGACCCCCCCGCUGAGGCGGACGACUGGCGUGCCGGCGUGCUGGCCGCUGCAGCCGGCCACUGCGGCCAGGGCCAGGGCCUCGCACUGGCGGAAGGGCUGGCUGGUUCCCUUCGUUCAUCAGGGCAGCCAGAGGCCGCAGCCGCUGAUCACGGCCGCGGUCGCCAGCUGCAACCGCUGGCCGCGCCCGCCGCCCACGCCAAGGGUCUCCAGUCACAGCAGCCAGCCACCGUGGCCCCCUCCUGGGCUCGCACGGUCGGUCACAGCAACAGCGGCGGGUCCCAGCCCGCGCCGGGCAAUUGGGGCGGCGCCUCUGGGCCGGCGUCGGCCCCGGACAGCUCCGUCUCGCGCAGUGGCGAUCCCAGCGGGCAGUGGCAUGAGCAUCUCCAUAGGCCCCAGCUUGGCCGGUGCACCCCGCAAGCGCUCAUGAGGACGCCAGUAUCCAUUACCUCACUCAACUCUCCGUCUUUCGUAGCUGCUGGCGGUGGUCCGCCGUGUGCCACUUUGCAGGUCAUCUCGUUGUGACCAUCGUCGAAGGUCAAGCUGCUAUGAUUCACAGCGUGCUUCCAGCAAGCUAGUUCAAUAUCUUUUUCAAGGUGGCCAAAUGGCAACCUCUCUCUGGCUUGGAAGCUCAACUCCGCCUUCCUCGCUUGAGGACUUCAAGGCGCAGCGAAUCGUCGCAUCUUUUGUAUCCGACGCUCUCAGCCACUCGCGCCUACGGCGAAGCUAGGGGAAGAACAGGCCCCACCUUUGCCUCCGCCGUUGUGUGGUUUAUAUCAAUGGCCGCUUGGGCCAAGUGGAUCCCGCACACAACGCCCGCUUCCUCUGCCCCUCUGCUUCUCCCUCCGGUCUCACACUUCCUUGGCGCCGCGCUCCGUGAGUUCACCGCGGGAAAAUCAGGCUAGCCCCGCGCCGUCGUGGGGGAGGGGACUUGAGCAGAACAGGCCAAGCUCUGCCUGUUUCUCCGCGAGCCGCGAUCGAUCCACACCUGUGCUGCUGCACUUCUCUCUGGGCGCCGGGGGGCGCAGGGCACGGACAACAAAAAAGUGGCCCCAGACGCCAGGCUUUCUCCAUGCCGCCGCUCGGGCCUGCCAAGCGCUCCGCGGCAGCACUACGCAGGCACUGCUCGAGGUCGUCGAGGAGCGACCUCGGCGCCGGUGCGGAGGUGUGCGGAGGGCGGCUGGCAGAAAACCGAACGAGCGGUCGUUCUGGCCUCUAGUGGGGUCGGAGUGUGACCAGGGGCAUCCCCGCUCCUGCACACGCUCCGCCCGGAGAGCCGCGCGGCGCCGCGCGGAAGACCGCAGGGGCGGCCACCCCGCGCACAGCGCUGGCAUCGGCGCCGCGCUCCUGGGGACGCGGCG